AUGCAUUCGAUUAAAUUAAUUAAUUCAAAUGGAGCACUCUCGAUCACUCAAAAUCAACAAGUAUUAUUAUCAUCAUCAUCAAUUUAUAAAACGACAAGAUACUAUUCAAAUCAAGCAAGAAGACCAAAUUUUAUAUCACAAUUUUCAGAUAAUAUGAAACAAGAAAUGCAAAAAAAUAAAGAAAUGAAAGAAUCAUUAAAAAAAAUUCGUGAAGAAACUGAAAAAUUAGAACAAUCAGAUGCAUUAAAAUCAGCACGUCAAAAAUUUCAUACUGUUGAAUCAGAAACAAGUAAAAGUUCUGAUGUAUUAAAAGAAAAACUAGAUACACUUAAAGAAAAAGUACAAGGUGUUAUUGAUGAAGCUGGUAAAACUGAACUUGGUAAAAAAGCUGAUGAUUCAACAAAAACAGCAAUGGAUACUGCAUCAACAAUUAUUAAUGAAAAAACUCAAUCAUUUAGUAAAACAAAUGGAUAUAAAAAAAUAUCCAGCAUGGCUGAAGUUAUACUUAAUAAAAUUGACAAUGAUCAUUAUUUACGAGGACGUGUUUAUACACCAUUAAAAAAAUUACGUAAACGUAAAGAAAUAAUUGAAGCUGAUGAAAAAAUAUAUGAAGUUAAUAAUGAUGCAGCUGGUGUUGAGUUGCAUAAAGAUUCAAAAUUUUAUAAACAAUGGGAAGAUUUUAAAAAUAAUAAUCCAUAUGUUAAUAAGAUGCUUGAUUGGAAAAUUAAAUAUGAUACAUCAGAAAAUCUAUUGAUACAUGUAUCAAGAUUAAUUACUGAUGACGUAAAAAAUGUUAUGGGUGGUUUAUUUGGAGAUAGUGAAUUAUCAAAAACACUUACUGAAAUACGUAAGACAAAUCCAAGCUUUGAUAGAACACAAUUUUUACAUGAUUGUCGAGCAGAUAUUAUUCCAAAUAUAUUAGAAGCAAUGAUGAGAGGUGAAUUAGAAAUUUUGAAAGAUUGGUGUCAUGAAUCAUCAUACCAUACAAUUGCACAGCCACUUUUAAAAGCUAAAAAAUUAGGAUAUAAAUUGGAUAAUAAAAUUUUAGAUAUUGAUAAUGUUGACUUGUUGUCUGGCAAAGUUAUGGAAGAACAUGGACCUGUUUUGACAAUUUGUUUUGAAUCACAACAAAUAAUUUGUAUUAGAGAUGCUGAAAAUAAUGUUAUUAAAGGUGAUCCAGAUGAAAUUAUAAGCGUCAAUCAUAAAUGGGUAUUGAGUCAUGAUAAUAGCGAAAUCAAUCCAAAAGCAGCAUGGAGAUUGUUAGAAUUUAAAUCAAGUUCAGAUUCGUCUUUUGCUUCAGACUCAUUGGUUCCAUACCUAAUACCUGGCUUAAUUCCAUUUGACUAAACCGUAUAACUUGCC